UUGUUGUAUAUCACGGAUGUGAGCAAUUGGAAGUCUUCCCCAGCUGACUUAACAAUAGUCAAGUCAAGUCAAGUCAAGUUUGUUUACAUAGCCCUAAAUCACAAGCAGUCUCAAAGGGCUUCACAAUACAACGCAACUGCAAAGCACGACUUGGUCUUCGUUUGACUUGAACUCCGCUGAAAAUGGCACUCGCCGAAGCCUCUUCCAAACAACAGCGAUAUCGCUGAUCAGAUGUUAAUUCCACAACCCUGUCAAACCACGAGGUGUUAAUUCUGCACACUGUCGAGGCACAGGAAUGGGCAGCAUAUUUGCAGCAGAUCGUGCAAAAGAGCUCCAAGAAGUUCCACAAGAGCUCCAUUUUACUUUAUACCAUCUCCUCAGCUGAUCAGCUCCAAGAUUCCAACUUUAAAAAAAAUCCCCACAAUUUCAAAUGCAUCGUGCUGCUCCUCACCGGAGGAUUCAUAGACUUAAUGUCCGAGCCCGAGCUGAGCGGAAGCCUUCAGGUGCUUCUCCGGCCAUCGCACAGAGUGUUGGCGCUGUUGUGUGGUGUGACUGAAGAAGACGUACUCACAGCUGAUCGCUUUGAAGACUGGUCAAGUUGGAAGAAACUGCAUGCUGAGGAUGACCCUGCUCUCUAUGUCUCUUCCAUUUUGGAGACAGUUUCUAACAGUCAAGUGAUGUCAGGAAGGAGGUCGUCAAAAGAUGAUGAACAUGCAACCACGGGUUUUUCAGUGAGUGAGGAAAUGAGCCCACAUUCACACCUCAACUGCCUCACUGUUCAACCAACCCGACUUCUGUGUGGGGCACAGGAACGUAUUUUUAUCAUCUUCAAUGAUAAAUUAGUUGGUCUCUCAUCACCACAAGUGGAGUUUUCUUCUAGAAAUAACGCACCAGAAUAUUUUCCAUGCACCGUUGUGAAUGACUACACAAUAAGUCUAAGCGCACCAGAAAUGCCCGAAGGUGAGAUAUCACUCACCUUGUGCUCGAAGCAAUCACGUAUAAGCUUGAAGUGUGUUACAUAUUAUACCAACAUGGGAGAAGUCAGCCGCUGUCUUGAAAAUGUUGCCGAUCCCAUAAAUUUCCUCUGCCAGGCCUUCAAUUUGACGUCCAAUUCAGUUGAGUUUUUGGACAACAUUUUAACCGACUCAAUAAAAUCCAAGAUGCCAGCAUGUCUUCAGCUGUUUGGGAUUGAGCAGAUAGAGGAGAACAAUAUGACGACAUGUAAGCGCAAUGAGGAACUUCCAACGUUGCUCCAUUUUGCUGCAAAGUAUGGUCUGAAGAAGUUGACGAGCGUUCUACUUCAGAUUCCCGGGGCGUUGCAAUCUUACAGCGUGAUGAACAAAAAUGGAGAUUAUCCAAACACGUUGGCGGAAAAAAAUGGCUUCCCAGAUCUCCGAGAGUUUAUUGAUGAAGUUGUUCUGACUACAGAUAUGCUCAAAUCUGAUGAUCCAGAAGAGAGUACAGACGACUAUGAAGACAUGUCAACCAAAACGAGCUCAGGUUAUGCCAGCGACAUGUGUGUCUCAAUGCUGGGAAUAAACCCCGAGUGUGCAGACGAUCUAUAUGAAGUGAUGAAUGCCGCCGUGGAAAAUCCAGAUGAUGUGAUGUUGAGGACGUUUUUUCAAGGUGAACAACCGUCAAAGCAACAUUUUGGAAUGGCAAUGAUGCAAAAUCUAAAAAAAAUGUUUUUACUUUCAGCGAAACCUCACAACGUUAUAGUCCAGGAUGAAAGAGAACCACCUAAAUGUGAGCAAAUGGAGUCCAAUGACCCGGAUGGAACUGAUCAUGAGUUUGACCCAUACGACCUCUCGAGUGAAGAUAUUUAUGAUACUUUGGAUGAAAAUAAUUGCCACAAUGCAGCAGUCCUUUCCCGACCGCCGGCCCCGAUCCCGAGACCUGAAAUGAAGCCUGAACCCGAAAGGCCUGUCACUUUUAUUUCAAGAGUAUUUUCAGAUAAAGCGACGUCCCAAAGUCAAACGACGGAAACUUCAAAUCAGAAAGCUCGGUCUGCGACGGACCCCCUACCUGUGUAUGACUUAUUUGCCGGGAUGAAGACACCUGGUCAGAGACAACUCAUAACCCUGCAGGAGAAGGUCAAAGUAGGUCAAAUUACCGUGGAUGAAGCUGUCGGGGAAUUCAAAGCUUGGCAGCUGGACCAUGACAGCAGAGCAAGCUCAGUGCGCUAUCAACAGGAGAAUCUGAAAAGACUAAGAGCAAGCAUCAACAGGCGUCACAAUGAGAGAGACAAGUCAGGGAAGGAACUUGAUUACGAGAUAAGCGCUCCACUGCAGAGAAAUUCCUUUUGGGGAGCCACCGUAACAUUGGAGUGCGCUGUAUACGACUCCACGCCCAGAACGCUGCUCCCGUCCUCUUCAGUAGCUCAGCCGAUCCAAAGAGGAAGUUGGAAGACCGGGAGUACAUCCAGUACAUCCAGUACUGAAAGCAACAGACUCAGCACUCAUAGCAAUUUAAGCUACAGCAGCGGCCCAGAGCCUGAUUUAGAGGACUCUUCAGAAAGCCUCCCUCUUCCACCGAGACCUCCACGGCCUCCUGAUGCUGCUCCACUUAUUCCGCCCCGAAUUCCUCCGCGCAAUUCUCAAAGCACGUCGGAUAGCAUGUUGCACGAGCGUUAUGUCUCCUGCCUGACCCGGGUGCCUCCUCAAAGACCUCCUCAAAGACACAACAACUCUGCUCCUCCUCUUCCACGUCGAUUGCGGUGAUGGACUGUGGUCAAUUUCUUUCUGUUAAAUCUGGUUUCAGUUUGUGUGUGUGAUGAAGAGUUUAUCCAGUUAGAACUUCUGAUAUAAAUUGCACAUUAAAUCGGCUUUGAGUUUCAGGACAUUCAAUUAAAUAAAGUACAAUGCGUACGGUAUGUCAACCCAAAUAGCACAUUAA